AUGCAAUGCAUGCAUAAGGAAACCUUAGUUUAUAAUUCUAUAUUAUAUGGUCACAUUUUCUGAUUUCCUGAGGCUGCAAAUUGAACAUCAUCAUGAACAUGAAGAACCUGAACAUCUCUUUGUGCGUGCUUCUCAUAGCUCUUGUUCGCUUAGGGGGAAGUGCACCAUCAAGCUUCAACUAUGGUGAUGCCCUUGACAAGAGUUUGAUGUUCUUUGAAGCACAAAGAUCUGGUAAGCUACCACUGCAGCAGCGAGUCAAGUGGCGUGGUGAUUCUGGCCUCCAAGAUGGUUUUCAGCAAGGAGUGGACCUGGUGGGAGGGUACUAUGACGCAGGAGAUCAUGUGAAGUUUGGGUUGCCAAUGGCCUACAGUGUCACAAUGCUUGCAUGGGGAGCCAUCGAAUUCAGCAAGGAAAUUACGAACUUGAACCAAAUGGGACAUGCAUUAUGGGCAAUUAAAUGGGGAACUGAUUACUUUGUCAAAGCACACACUCAACCCAAUGUUCUUUGGGGACAGGUGGGAGAUGGAGUUUCUGAUCAUUACUGCUGGGAGCGUGCUGAAGACAUGACUACAUCAAGAGGUGCCUACAAAAUUGAUGAACAACACCCUGGCUCUGAUCUGGCAGGUGAAACUGCAGCUGCAUUGGCUGCUGCAGCUUUGGCUUUCAGGCCCUACAAUUCUUCUUACUCUGAUCUUCUGCUAGUUCAUGCAAAACAGCUCUUCACAUUCGCAGAUAGGUUCAGAGGUCUCUAUGAUGACUCUAUUUCAAGUGCUCAGCAAUUCUAUACUUCUUCCGGUUACUCAGAUGAAUUAUUAUGGGCUGCCACGUGGCUACACCUGGCAACUGGAGAUGAAUACUACCUAAAGUAUGUGGUGGACAAUGGUGUAUACAUGGGUGGAACUGGCUGGGCAAUGAAAGAGUUCUCUUGGGACAACAAAUAUGCUGGUGUGCAGAUCCUCCUAACAAAGAUAUUACUGGAAGGGAAAGCUGGUCCUUAUGCUGAUACACUAAAGCAAUACCAGGCCAAGGCAGAUUAUUUUUCGUGUGCCUGCUUGCAAAAGAAUGAUGGUUACAAUGUCCAGAAAACACCAGGUGGCUUACUAUAUGUACGUGAAUGGAACAACAUGCAGUAUGUUUCUUCUGCUUCAUUCCUUUUAGCUGUUUACUCUAAUUACCUCUCAGCAACAAAAGCAAAUCUCAACUGCCCAGAUGGACAAACUCAGCCUCAGGAGCUCCUCAACUUUGUUAAGUCUCAGGCUGAUUAUAUCCUUGGUAAUAACCCAGCUGAUAUGAGCUACUUGGUUGGAUAUGAAGCAAAAUAUCCUCUUCAUGUUCACCACAGAGGCGCUUCCAUUGCUUCAAUCUUUUCUCUUCACAGUGAGGUUGGCUGCACUCAAGGAUUUGAGCUGUGGUAUAACCGUGCUGAGUCAAAUCCUAAUGUCAUCUUUGGUGCCCUCGUGGGUGGUCCAGAUAAAAAUGAUGGCUUCUCUGAUGACAGAUCUAAUUAUGAACAAACUGAGCCUACACUUUCAGGUUCUGCUCCUCUUGUGGGCAUCUUUGCUAAACUGCAGAGUUUGCAUGGUAAUAUAGGUGAAGGUUACAACCAUAAUGAAUCACCAAUGCCCCAACAAAAAACACAAAGUUACAACCAAGAUGAAUCACAAGUGCCCCGACAAAAAACACCGAGCAAAUAUACAGGGGAAAAAACGGCAUCUAAAACAUCAGAAGGCGCCCCGGUGCAAUUUCUUCACUCAAUAAGUAGCUCAUGGACUGUUGGAGGUGCAACCUAUUACCGUCACAGGGUGAUAAUCAAGAAUACUUCUUCGAGGCCAAUUUCAGAUCUUAAGUUGGUAGUUAAGGACCUCACAGGCUCUUUAUGGGGUCUCUCUUCAACAGAAGAAAAGGACACCUAUGCACUUCCUCAAUGGCAGAAGGUUUUGAAUCCUGGCUCUGAGUGUAUAUUUGUAUAUGUUCAAGGCGGACCCCAGGCCAAAGUUUCCAUUAAGAGCUUCCAAUGAUCUUUUUUGAAGCCAUGUCGACCAAGGGAACACUUCUCCCACAAGUUUAAUUUGACAGUUAAACUUCUAUUAAUCCAUGAUUGUAAUUUUGUAUUAUUAAUUUAUCAACUCAGUUCAUAUCUUACUGUCAACACUUAAUUGUAAUAUCAGUUUCUGAAA